AUGAUUGGACUGACACUGUUUGUCGGUGUUGUGAUUGCUAAUUACACGGAGAAUCGAGGAACAGCGCUGCUGACUGUCGACCAGAGACGUUGGCAUGAUCUGAAAGCUCGUUUGAAGAUGGCACAACCGCUUCAUGUACCUCCAAAGCCAUCUGAAUCGGCUCGACUAGGCACUGUCUUUUACGAACUCACGCUGAGCCGUAGAUUUAGCCAGGUGUUCGCAUUCCUGGUACUGCUCAAUUCGGCGUGUCUAGUUGUUCCGUGGAAUGUCGAGGAGGAAGGCGAGAGAAGCACAAUACUUUUUGCUGUUACAGCUCUGAGCGCUGUGAUCAAUAUACUGUUUGCUGUAGAGAUCAUCUUGAAAGUGCUGGCAUUCACGUUUGCCGGAUUCUGGCAGUCUCGUCGUAAUCGGAUCGAUCUACUCAUUACCGUAUUCGGCUUGCUGUGGAUUUUUCUGCAUUUUUUUGUUGCUGUCCCUUCCAGCUCCUUUGAUCCGGCACCCCAGAAGAGAUUGAAAACCUUUCACCUACACCUUCGGUUAUAUCAUUGUGAUUUUGCGUUUCUUCACGAUUGCCAGUCGAAAUUCGACUCUGAAAAUGCUGAUGCUCACUGUUGUGAUGGGUAUGUUUCGUUCAUUCUUCAUCAUCACCGCGAUGUUCCUCUUGGUCCUCUUCUACGCAUAUACUGGCGUCAUUCUUUUCGGGAUGGUGAAGUACGGGCAGGCAGUCAGCAAGUUUGU